GCGCUUUCAGUCUGAAUUUAGUUGAAGCGCAGUGUACAUGCGGUCCUUCGAGCCGGUUAGAUCGUCGUCGCUGUAUAUACCGUAUAAUAUAAGCAUAUCGUCUACGUAGUAUAAACAUUUUUUUCGGGAAUAAUUCACUCAUUACAGUAGCCCGGCUGCGUGUAAGUUUGUGUUUUAGGUCGUAAAUAUUUACAACAGUGAAUUUAUCGACUGAGGAAUGAAUGAAUUAUAGAUUUAGGCAGUGGAGUGUUUCAUGUGCCAAUUUCUAGCAGGAUUUAGUGAGAGGUCUGUUUUAUUUUUGAUACCAAUUGAGAAGAUUCAACCUCGUUGAACACCAGCAAUUAUGGUCGUGCACAGAUUUUAAAUGAUCAUGCGUAACACUGAUCAUAUUUUCCAAGAAAAUAUGUCCUCAGAUCAAAAAAAUAUGUUAUGAAAACGUGACAAACGUUGCAGUAAAACAUACUGAAGAAGUUGUAACCAGAAAGCGACCAAAAUGAAGGCCCUAAGAAGAUCGUUAUUCCUAGCGGUCACUUUAACAAUCCUCAUAAACGUCAAUAGUUCAGUGAUUUCCUCCUCCCUGGACACCGAUGGCAAAUGCGAAGAAAUCACCAUUCCUAUGUGCAUGGGAAUCGGAUACAACAUGACCCGGAUGCCCAACGAACUAAACCACGAAUCUCAAGAUGAGGCAGGCCUGGAAGUUCACCAGUUCUGGCCUCUGGUAGAAAUCAAAUGUUCUCCCGACCUUAAGUUCUUUUUGUGCUCAAUGUACGCGCCCAUAUGUUUGUCCGAAUAUACGAAACCUCUUCCACCCUGCAGAGACUUAUGUAGAAGGGCGAGAGAGGGCUGUGAGCCAAUAAUGACCCAAUAUGGAUUCCAAUGGCCGGAACGGAUGGAAUGCGAUCAAUUUCCAAAACAGGGUGGAGAAAUUCUGUGUAUGGAUCAGCCGACGCAUAACACGUCUUCGACGCCAAAACCAACCAACAGGAAACCAAUGAAACCUUGCAAACCCGGUUCAAAAAACUGCGAAAAUCCCCAAGGAGGCAUCAACGGAAGAACAAAAGGAAACGCACCGAACGAAUGCAGGUGCCAAUGUCAACAACCACUAGUCUCCCUGGGGACAGAAAUCAGUCCACCACCGUUCAACCGAAACGUCGCCGGCGUCCAAAACUGUGCAUUCCCGUGCAAGGAACCCUUCUUCACCCCGGACGAGAAGGAAUUCGCCUCGAUCUGGAUCAGUCUAUGGUCGGGACUCUGCGCCGUUUCUACGCUGAUGACACUAAUCACAUUUUUCAUCGAAACCGAACGCUUCAAGUACCCUGAGCGACCGAUCGUGUUCCUCAGUGCGUGCUACUUCUUGGUAUCCGUGGGAUAUUUACUUAGGGUGGGAUUCGGACAUGAAGCUGUAGCAUGUGAAGGCUCCAUUAUACGUUACUCGUCAACCGGUCCUACCUUGUGCACCUCGGUAUUCUUGCUAGUGUACUUUUUUGGAAUGGCUUCGUCAAUUUGGUGGGUUAUUUUAUCGCUCACUUGGUUUUUGGCUGCGGGGCUUAAGUGGGGCAACGAAGCUAUUGCAAGCUAUGCUCAGUGCUUCCAUAUAGCUGCCUGGCUGAUACCCACUCUACAAACUCUUGGAGUUUUACUUAGCGGAGCUGUGGAUGGGGACCCUGUAUCAGGAAUUUGCUACGUUGGCAACAUGAACACUGAUAACCUCCAAACUUUUGUGCUAGGCCCCUUAGUAAUCUACCUCAUAUUGGGAACCAGCUUCCUAAUGGCCGGAUUUGUCUCCCUAUUUAGGAUCAGAAAUGUCAUCAAGAAACAAGGAGGAGCGGGUGCAGGAUCCAAAGCCGAUAAGCUGGAAAAGCUCAUGAUCAGAAUAGGAAUCUUCAGUGUGCUCUACACAGUGCCAGCCACAAUCGUAAUCGGUUGUCAUUUAUAUGAAAACACCUUUCACAGCGAGUGGCUCAAGUCCUUGGCAUGCUCCUGCUUCAACUCUAUAAAAGCGAAACCACUUUACUCCGUAUUGAUGCUCAAAUAUUUCAUGGCGUUGGCAGUCGGCAUCACUAGCGGCGUAUGGAUCUGGUCCGGAAAAACACUGGAGUCCUGGCGACGGUUAUGGAAACGACUUUUCGGCAGACCGGAUCUUUCUGGUGCCAAUGCGGUCCUGAUUAAAAACCGCACAGGAAAACCUCCGCCACCCCAGUAUCUGAUUGCAGGCCCAGGAAGUGCCUCACUGUUGGGACCGACCGGAAGUGUGGCCUCGGCCAGUCAACACCAUUUGCACCACCACGUACUCAAACAGCCCCCGUUAAGUCACGUAUGACAAGUAGGCGACGGGUCCGCACCGGUUGUCAUCAAUCAUACUACGGCGCCCUCUACCGGCCAGUCGCUGAGUAAUUACGGACCCAUUUGAGUAAUCAGGUACGGGCGGCAGUCAACCGUCACAGCUCUCUAGUCGAUUAAAUCUGUAUAGUGCCAUCGUGUGUUUUGUGUGGACACUGAUUUUUUUUUGGUUAGGUUUUUGUCGUGGUGCAGUCGGUAGGAUGGAAUUCCUAAACAGAAGUUUGAGCCUGUGUUAGGAGCAUAUAAGUGUGUAGGUGCAAAAGCUUUCGCUGUUAAAGUUUUUGGAACGUUUUUCCUAUUUUUGAGGCUGCAUGGAUCGUCAUAUGGAGAAUUUCAUAAUAAAAGUCAAUUUAGUUACCAUAGGUAACUACGUGGCAUAAAAUUCUUAUUUAGGGUGCACAUUGUUGCAAACUUUCAGGAUAAGCUCCUUUUAAUACAUUAUUGAAAAAAAGCUAAAUGAAUAAAGCAAGUUUCUUUUAGAAUGAGAAUCUUUAAUAACUAUACACCACGUGUACUAGCCAACUGUAACAAGGUUAUUAUUCAAAGACGUAAAACCGUUUCCGCGCAAUCGCAUCAUGAGGAAGCAUGGUUGCCAGAUUUUGAAAUAAAAAAGCCAUUUUCAGAAUAUAUCCUUAUUGCUAUAAUAGCCUCGUUCUACGGUAUUUGCGUAUCUUCAUGAUAUAUAAAAAUUAUUAAAAUAGAAUACAUACAUUACAUUUUUCUACAUAAAUAACCUAUAUUAAAAACUAUAGUUGAAAAAACACUAGUGUUCGGAACUUUUGAUAUUCUUAGUUUUACCCUGCCCGGACUAACAAUUUAGCAACCAUUUAUCGACCGGACUAAUACAACGACGUCACCGUCGCGAGGUUUUAUGCGCACUUUUCGGCCGGUUCACGCUGGGCAAAAAAGAAAAAAUAUUGCGUCAGUUGGCUGGAUGAUUUGUCAGGGACCAUACGUUCGCCGUGCCCAGUCAAAACACAAAACGUGGUUUAUUUUUUAUGUAUUUAUAUAUUUAAAUUAAUAUUAAGUAGUAAGUCAUUCCUUUCAAUAUAUUAUGGCUUUGUGUGUUUAUAAAACUGCGUUUUAUUGAAAAGGAAUAUGAAAAAC